UGGAGACAAAAAAAUGGUGCGCGGGGUGAGUCAAAACGAUUCUGCCGCUUGUGCGCAACCUUCAAUCGGGCUUUAAAUCUACCCCGCGGAUCCCUCGCUGGAAGAUCGCAAGUCGACAGAUUUCCUCCCUGUCACCUCCUCUUCCCUUCCCCCCUCGCCCGUCAUGUCCAUUGAUUUUCCCCGCGAGGAGGAGGCCAUCCUCCAAAGGUGGAGGGAGAUCAACGCCUUCCGGAGGCAGGUUGAGCUCUCCGAAGGUCGUAAACCAUACACCUUCUACGAUGGCCCUCCCUUCGCUACCGGUCUGCCUCACUAUGGUCACUUGUUGGCCUCGACCAUCAAGGAUAUCAUUCCCCGUUAUUGGUCUAUGAAGGGUCACUAUGUCGAGCGUCGCUUUGGCUGGGACACCCAUGGUGUGCCCAUCGAGUACGAGAUCGACAAGAAGCUGGGCAUGUCGGGUCUCGAGGCCGUCGAGAAAAUUGGUAUUGAGAAGUACAACGAGGAGUGCAGAGCCAUUGUCAUGAGAUUUGCUUCGGAAUGGCGUCAAACUAUCGAGCGACUGGGUCGUUGGAUCGACUUUGACAAUGACUACAAGACCAUGAACGUGAGCUUCAUGGAAUCAGUGUGGUGGGUCUUCAAGCAACUGUUCGACAAGGACCUUGUCUACAGAGGCUACCGCGUCAUGCCUUACUCGACCGCUCUCAACACCCCCCUCAGUAACUUCGAGGCUCAACAAAACUACAAGGAUGUGCAAGACCCUGCCGUCGUCGUCACAUUCCCCCUCGUCCACGAGCCCGAGACUUCCCUUCUUGCAUGGACGACCACCCCAUGGACCCUGCCCUCGAACAUCGCCCUCGCGGUCAACCCCACCUUUGAAUACAUCAAGAUCCUCGACGAGGCAUCUGGAAAGCACUACAUUCUGCUCGAGUCUCUGCUCCGGACGCUGUACAAGGACCCCAAGAAGGCCAAGUUCAAGAUCGUCGACCGCUUUAAGGGCGCUACCAUGAAGGACUGGAAGUACCAGCCCCUCUUCGAUUACUUCUACGAAGAGUUCAAGGAGCACGGUUUCCGGGUCCUUAACGCCGAGUACGUUACUGCUGAGGACGGUACCGGUAUCGUCCACCAGGCUCCCGCCUUUGGUGAGGACGAUUACAGAGUUGGCAUGGAGAACGGCGUCAUCAGUGAGAGCCGUCUUCCCCCUAACCCUGUUGACGAAAAGGGUUGCUACACAGCCGAAGUGAAGGACUUCGAGGGCCAACACGUCAAGGCUGCCGACAGGGGUAUUAUCAAGCACCUGAAGGCUGCUGGACGCCUGGUUGUCGACAGCCAGAUUACUCACAGCUACCCCUUCUGCUGGCGUUCCGACACUCCCUUGAUCUACCGGGCCGUGCCGGCUUGGUUCGUCAAGAUCGGUCCUAUCAUCCCUCAGAUGCUCCAGGGCAUUGACGACUCCCACUGGGUGCCGAGCUUCGUCAAGGAGAGACGCUUCUCCAGCUGGAUCCAGAAUGCUCGCGACUGGAACAUCUCGAGAAACCGUUUCUGGGGUACUCCUCUGCCCUUGUGGGUGAGCGAUGAUUUCAAGGAGGUUGUCGCCGUUGGUAGUGCCGAGGAACUCAAGCAGCUUAGUGGUUACGAGGGUGAACUCACCGACCUGCACCGCGACAAAGUCGACAAGAUCACCAUCCCCAGCAAGCAGGGCAAGGGCGUCCUUCGCCGUGUUAGCGAGGUGUUUGAUUGCUGGUUUGAGUCUGGCAGCAUGCCUUAUGCAUCCCAGCACUACCCCUUUGAGAACAAGGAACAGUUCGAGAACAGCUUCCCCGGUGACUUCAUCGCGGAGGGUCUUGACCAGACUCGUGGUUGGUUCUACACCCUGACUGUGCUUGGUACCCACCUCUUUGGCAAGCUUCCUUUCAAGAACUGUGUCGUCAACGGCAUUGUUCUCGCAGAGGAUGGAAAGAAGAUGUCCAAGAGACUUAAGAACUACCCUGAUCCCUCCCUCGUCAUGGAGCGUUACGGUUCUGAUGCUCUUCGCCUCUACUUGAUCAACUCUCCAGUUGUGCGCGCUGAGCCCCUUCGGUUCAAGGAGUCGGGUGUCAAGGAGAUUGUCGCCAAGGUUCUGCUUCCCCUCUGGAACAGCUACAAGUUCUUCGAGGGUCAAGCCGCUCUGUUCAAGAAGACGCAGGGCUUCGAUUACACCUUUGAUCCUAAGGCGGAGGCUACUAACACCAACGUCAUGGACCGCUGGAUCCUGGCCAGUUGCCAGAGUCUUCUCAAGUUCGUCAACGAGGAGAUGGCCGGGUACCGUCUGUACACUGUCGUUCCUCGCCUGCUUGAGUUGAUCGACAACACCACCAACUGGUACAUUCGUUUCAACCGCAGACGUCUCAAGGGUGAGAACGGUGUCGAUGAUACCCAGCAUGCCCUGAACACCCUCUUCGAGGUCCUGUACACCCUGGUCCGGGGCCUGGCUCCCUUCACUCCUUUCCUUACCGACACCAUCUACCUGAAGCUUCUCCCUCACAUCCCCGAGGCGCUCCGUAGCGAGGACAGCCGCAGUGUCCACUUCCUUCCCUUCCCCGAGGUUCGGGAAGAGCUUUUCGAUGAGGUUGUCGAGAGGCGCGUUGGCCGGAUGCAGAAGGUCAUUGAUAUGGCUCGUAUCUCCCGUGAACGUCGGAACAUUGGUCUGAAGACGCCGCUGAAGACUCUCGUUGUCAUCCACCAGGAUCAGCAGUACCUGGACGAUGUGAAGUCCCUGCAGGGAUACAUCCUCGAGGAGCUGAACGUUCUUGAGCUUGUCCUGUCCUCGGACGAGGAGAAGUACAACGUCCAGUACAGUGUGACCGCCGACUGGCCUACGUUGGGCAAGAAGCUGAAGAAGGAGGUCCAGAAGGUCAAGAAGGCCUUGCCCUCUCUGACCAGCGAGGACGUGAAGAAGUUCGUCGCCGACAAGAAGAUGCUUGUUGACGGCAUUGAGCUUGUUGAAGGUGAUCUGGUCGUGAAGCGUGGAAUGAAGGAGGACAGCGCGUCGGCCAACAUGGAACCCAACACGGAUAGCGACUUGCUGACCAUCCUGGACGCUAACCUGUACCCCGAGUUGGCCGAGCAAGGGUUGGGCCGUGAGAUCAUCAACCGUCUGCAGCGUCUUCGUAAGAAGGCGGGUCUUGUUCCUACUGAUGAUGUGAAGAUGGAGUAUGCCGUCCUGUCGGAUCCCGAGGAUGUGGGCAUCAACAAGGCGUUUGAGACGCAAGCCAAGGCCAUCGAAAAGGUUGUGCGCAGACCGCUCGACCGCUACGAGCUUGUGGACGGCAAGGUGCCCAGCGGAGAGGAGCCGGGAAUGAUCAUCCAAGAAGAGCAAGAAGUACAAAAGGCCACUUUCCUGUUGCGUCUGCUCAAGUUGUAGAGGUUUGAUCGAUUCACACAGAUAAGAUGUUGAUAGCUUAGACCAUACAAUUCCCGCUAGUUACGAUGUUUUGACAUUUUGUUUAGUUGAUGGAUGAAUAAGAUUACACACGUUCAUGAU